GGGAAAUCUUCCUCAUCUCUCCUCCCAUUCUUCUCUAUGACAUCUGUUUGAACUGUCUUGAUAAACUUUCAAGAAAAGAAGUUAUCAACAUAACCAUGAGGCAUAACCACUUUCAUCUACAUGCUUUACUUACAAGGCUGAUAUUAUAAUGGUUCAACUCUGCCAGAAGAUAGAUCCUCAAUAAUUAGCCCUGCACACUGACCAGCUCAGGCUAAGAAGCCAGAGCAUCUAUGACUAUCAGUUUUGCCUGCCUUCUUCUCUGGACUAGUGUUUACAUAGUGGUGAUUUUAUAAUGACUAUGAUUAAAGCUCUGCUGGACAUGAGGAUCAUGCUUCUGCUGUACUGGCUUGGGGUGUUUCUGUCCUUUUGUGGACACACUGAGGCUGACCACUCCCAAUACAAUAGUCGCCCAGAAGUGGUGAUUCCUUUGAAGAUACUUGGCACAGGCAGAGGCGUGAAGCCUUCAGACUGGCUCUCUUAUAGCCUGCAUUUUGGGGGCAGGAAACACAUUGUCCACAUAAAGGUCAAGAAGUAUUUGCUGUCCAGGCACCUCCCAGUGUUCACCUACACAGAUCAAGGUGCUCUCCUUGAGGACCAACCCUUUGUUCACCAUGACUGCUACUAUCACGGUUAUGUGGAAGGGGACCCAGAAUCCCUGGUUGCCCUCAGUUCCUGUUUUGGUGGCUUCCGAGGAUUGUUACAGAUAAAUGACAGUGCUUAUGAAAUUAAGCCCAUGACUUUUUCUACUAAAUUUGAACAUUUGAUAUAUAAAAUGGAGAGUGAGGAGUCUGAGUUUUCAGAAAUGAACUCUGACUUUGUGCUAGAGGAAAUUGUACCCCAACUGGAGUCUCAAGAGAUUAAUAAUUUCACUCAGAAGCAAAGUGGUUAUGGGAGCUGGUGGCGCCAUUUUUUUAUUGUUGAACUAGUAGUGGUGGUGGACCAUACUCUAUAUCUUCAUAUAAAAAAGAAUAUUUCAAAGUAUACUGAAGAUCUAUAUACUAUCAUAAAUAUAGCAGAUUCUAUUUAUGAGAUAUUGGGUAUUAGAUUGUUAUUGUUUGGUAUGGAGUUCUGGACUGAAAAAAACUACAUUGACGUUAAUGAUACAAGUAGAUCUCUGAGAUAUUUUUGCACUUGGAAAAAUGGUAACCUUGCUCCCCGCCUGCCACAUGAUACUGCACAUCUUUUUAUGCAUAAACCAGUAGGAGGAAUGAGUGGUUUAGGUUAUGUUAGAGGGAUGUGUCAACCACUCCAGAGUUGUGCAAUUGUUACUAUGUUAAACAGAUCCGUGAGCUUGGUUGGAAUUGCAGUAGCUCAUCAUAUUGGCCAUAAUUUGGGUAUGUUUCAUGAUGGUCAUUUUUGUACAUGUGGACACUUUAGAUGUAUAAUGCAUACUUCAAACCCACCAAUAACAACAUUUAGCAAUUGUAGUCUUUCUUAUUUUUGGUUAUAUACUAUACAUGAAGCAAAAUGUAUGCUCUACGAGAUAUACACAAAGGAUAUAUUUUCAAAGAAGCGUUGUGGGGAUGGUAUUGUUGAAGAAGAAGAGGAGUGUGACUGUGGACCUUUACAGAAUUGUGCAAAAGAUGCCUGUUGUCUAUCAAACUGCACUAUGACUUAUGGGUCUGCUUGUGCUCACGGACUUUGUUGCAAAGAUUGCCAGUUAUUACCAUCUGGAGAAAUGUGUAGAAGAGAGGCCAAUGAAUGUGACCUUCCAGAGUGGUGUGAUGGAUCAUCCCCUCAGUGCCCAGAUGAUGUGUAUGUGAAGGAUGGAAUUCCUUGUAAUAAAAGUGCCUAUUGCUAUGAGAGGAGAUGUAAUGACCGCAAUGAACUGUGUAAGCAGAUUUUUGGCCCGGAGGCAAAGAGUGCAAGUCAAAAUUGCUACAAAAAUAUAAAUACUCUUGGUGACCGCUUUGGUAACUGUGGUACCCACCAGUCUUCAUAUGUAAAAUGUAAUAUCUCAGACAUCCUGUGUGGGAGACUUCAGUGUACGAAUGUGAGAGAAAUUCCCCUUUUGAGGGAUCAUUCUACUGUGCAUCAGUAUCGCUUUAAUGAGGUCACCUGCUGGGGUCUCGACUACCACUUUGGGAUGCCCAAACCUGAUAUUGGUGAAGUACAAGAUGGCACAAGGUGUGGUGAAGAACACCUCUGCAUUGACAGGCAGUGUGUCCAUAUAUCUCACUUGGAUAGUAAUUGCUCACCUGAGUUCUGCAACAUGAGGGGCAUUUGCAACAACAGACAUCACUGCCACUGCAACUAUAUGUGGGACCCACCCAACUGCCUAGUAAGGGGCAAUGGAGGUAGCGUUGAUAGUGGCCCACCCCCUAAGAGAGAAAAGUUUAACAAAAGUUAUGUGGUAUGGUUCUCGCUUUUUUGGUUGUUUCUCUUAUUAUGUUGUCUUCUUUACUUUUGUCUGAAAAGAAAAAAGAAAGAGGAAAAAGUUCCAACUCAACCUGCAAAGCCAGAGCAAAAGGUGCCGAGUGCGGCUGCAAAGCCAGCGCAAAAGGCUCCGAGUGGGGCUGCAAAGCCAGCGCAAAAGGCGCCGAGUGGGGCUGCAAAGCCAGCGCAAAAGGCUCCGAGUGGGGGUGCAACGCCAGUGCAAAAGGCUCCGAGGGGGGGUGCAAAGCCACCUCAAAAGGCUCCAAGUGGGGCUGCAAAGCCAGCGCAAAAGGCUCCGAGUGGGGGUGCAACGCCAGUGCAAAAGUCUCCGAGUGGGGCUGCAAAGCCACCUCAAAAGGCGCCGAGUGGGGCUGCAAAGCCAGCGCAAAAGGCUCCAAGUGGGACUGAAAAGACACCUCAAAAGGCUCCAAAGUCUCCGAGUCAGACUGCAAAACCACAGCAAAAUGUUCAGAGUCAAUCCAGCAUAUCAGUUCGCCAGAGUCAAAGUGGGAAACAAAAGUCAUCAAGCAUGAAAAGUGCACCUAAAUAAUCAUGCAUUAAAAAAAGG